GAGAAAAAGAUAGAAGAAUAAAACUGACAGAUUAGAGGUUACGUUAGUAAAAGUGAAGUGAAUUUUUGGAACGAAUAAAAAACUAAACUCAAGUCUUGACUGAAUAAAGACAAAGAAUAAGUAAUGAAAAACUUAUUUUAGUUUAAGUGUUGAAUGGGAAUAAAAUAUAACAAAAAUGUUUUUAUUAUAAUCAUUCAUAACCUAUAACAAAAGCGAACCACUAUCUAAAAUGUUUUCCAAAUCAAUAAUGAAAUCAUUAAAUUAUAAGCAGUUGUCCUUCCUGAAAAAUUUAUGGAGUAAAAAAAAAGUUGAGCAUGGAAAAUUUAGUAUCGUCGUUCAACCCGGAAAAGUCUCCCCUCAAAAAAAAGUUCCCGACCACAUAAGCAAACCAAGCUAUUAUGCAACUGGACAUCCAACUGAAUUCAUCGAUCAUCCAGAAAUUAAAAACCUUGAACAAAUACAGAAAAUGAGAAACUCUUGUAAAUUAGCUGCAAAUAUUCUUAAGAAAGUUGGGAGUUAUGUGAAGGUUGGAGUCACUACGGACGACGUUGAUAACUUUACUCACGACUUGAUCGUAAGCAGUGGGGCAUACCCAUCACCACUGAAUUAUAAGAAUUUUCCUAAAUCUGUUUGUACCUCUGUAAAUAACGUUGCUUGUCAUGGAAUCCCUGACGACAGGAAAUUGGAAGAUGGGGACAUAAUUAAUGUUGACAUUACGGUCCUCUACAAUGGCUAUCAUGGCGACUGUUCCAAAACCUUUCUUGUGGGAAAUGUUGACGACUUGGGGAAAGAACUGGUAAAAGCAACUGAAACUUGCUUGGAAGAAGCAAUUUCCAUUUGCAAACCUGGCGUUAAGUUUUGCAAAAUCGGCGAAAGAAUCGAACACAAAGCUAAAGAUUUGGGCUUUACAGUAGUACCAGCAUUUAUAGGUCAUGGGAUUGGUCACUACUUCCAUGGCCCUCCUGACAUUUGUCACUUUACCAAUGACUAUCCCGGGGAAAUGAGGGCAGGAAUGACGUUCACCAUUGAACCGGUUUUGUCUACUGGAGGUGAAGAAAUUGUCAUUCUUGACGACGGUUGGACUGCAGUUACUUUAGAUUUUUCUAGAACAGCUCAGUUUGAACAUACGGUUCUUAUAACUGAUACGGGUGUUGAGAUAAUGACAAUUUAAAAAUGAAUAAACUUUUCUUGUAGAAA